CAAGACAUCAUUCAAUCUCUUAACUGAAGCAGAACAAAAGGCAUUGGCAAUUAUGUCUGUCUUUCCAGGUUCAUUCGAUUCUGAUGCAGCUGAGGCUGUAAUUACAGCUGUAAUAGAUUCUGAAGUGCAACCAGUUCUAAUUCUCCAAUCACUCAGAAACAGGUCUCUCUUGGAGCAGCCAAGUUCGUGUAGAUAUGAAAUUCAUCAGCUUAUCAAAAUGUUCCUCUCGAAAGAUUGUCACACCAAGUAUUCACAGGUUGUUGCUCAAGGAGGAAGAGAAGCCUGUGUCCACUUCAUUUGUCUACUUGCUUGCAAUGCCAGUAUGUACUGGAAAAAAGAUAAAUGCAAAGAAUCUGUUUUGAAAUUUAGUAGAGAAAGACACAACUUCGAGUAUUUCUUAAAAAUUUACGUUCACACGAUAAAGAAACGUGAUGCAGAUUCUCUUCUAAGUUCCACCAGCGAUAUUUUUGAAGAUUUUCCACAAAAGUGUAUGUACUUAGAAAUGUGCCUUUUACCUGACUUCUAUGUAAAAAUCUUGAAAGAACUUGGGAGGUACUUCCGCUCAGUAAGUCACCCCGUUCACAUCGUUGAAGUUUUGUGCCUUCUCGGACAUGAAAAGAGAAAAGUGGGCAAGAUAGCAGAGUACCAAUUUUUGAUGAAUCAUGCCAAGCAGGUGUACUUUAACAAUUACAAAGCUUUCAAAUCAAAUAAUCUGUCUCAAGUAUAUUUUUUUAAUAGCUAUGCCUGCUUUCUUUCGGCACCAAAAUUGCUUCCCAGUCGAUUGCAAAUGGUCUCCACAGUGUAUGAAAUAGCUUUAAUUUUGUGCCGUAAAAACCUCGAUGAACAUCCUGAAACGGCAGUUACUUUGCAGUUCGUUGGACGGUAUCUCAAAAGUUUGCAAAAUCUUCAAGAUGCAAUGGAGAUGUUUAACCGGUGCCUCGGAGAACAUUUCAUGACGGCUCUGAGCCACAAGGGCAUCGCAGACUUCUAUUUUGGUCGUUUCUUCUCCAGCAAGGAUAACACAGACAUGGAGAAAUGCUUUGAGCAUUAUGAAGCUGCCCUGACUUUGAUGAGGAAUCUUGGUGUUGGCGACCACAAAGAAAGCAUUUUGACGCUGAAAAACUACGGUGUUUGUUCGAAAAUCAAAGGCAAUUAUCAAGAAGCAAUAAGUAUUCUAACCAAAGCAAAACAAGUCGCGGAUAUUGAAUUGGAGGAGGACCACAAAUGGAAAGUAAUGAUUGAAACUCAGCUGGCCCUUGUGUACGAUUGCGUUGGAAAUGCAGAAGAAGCGGAAAAAAUGAUGGAGAAAGCUCUUAACAUGAACAAACGCCUCGACCAGUCCAUCGGUCAGUUAGCAAAUAGAAACGAGAUCCGUGAAUUCCUGUGGCGUCAUCCACAGGUUGACCAGGCGGUUAGGUUUAAUUCUCGUAGUUAAGUUUGACAGUUGUACGUAUCUGUAAAAUUAUCCAGUUGUUCAUGAGGUCAAACUACGAUUAUGCCUCUCCAGGCAAAGACGCUACCUGGACAUAAAUGGACAGUUGGAAUCCUUCUUUCUGUUUCUGGUUUGCGUAUGUCAGAACUGUGUUCCUUUCGUUUAGGAUAGCGUAGAGACCAACGUUACCCUUUUACUUCAGGAAAAAGAGUCCAUUGUGAAGUGUUUCUAUUCAUUCAUAGUAGACUUUGGACAAGAGACUAUCGUAAGACCGUUAUCAUUCUGAUGGGCAUAAUCGAGGGAAAUU